ACUGGUCAGAGCAGUGCUGGAAAAGUGUGAAGAACCAAAUUUAGCAAAGACAUUUCAACUAAGUUUUCAGCUAUGGAUGACUUGUGCCUAUUCGACGGCGACACUUUGCUACCCAUCCUUCCUCCGAUACUCCUCAUUGAGUUUAUAGUAGGAGGUCUGUGCAAUGGGAUUGCUCUCUGGAUUUUUUGUUUUCGCAUUAAGACUUGGAAUAGCAGUACCAUAUUGCUGUUCAACCUGGUGCUGGCCGAUUUUCUGCUACUGCUUGCCUUGCCUUUCCGAACCAAUUACUACCUGCAGCAUAAGAACUGGGUCCUUGGUGAUUGGUUUUGCAGGAUGAACCUGUUCAUGCUGGCAAUGAACCGCACUGGGAGCAUCUUCUUCUUAACUGCUGUGGCUCUGGACCGUUACUUUAAGGUGGUUCACCCAUACAGCCAGCUGAGUGCCCCAUCUGUUGCCAAGACUAUCUGCACAUCCUGCAUUCUUUGGCUGAUGGCCACCUCCAUGACAGCCUAUCUCCUAGUGAAACCUAAGCUGUUUCAAAAGAACGACACAGAAGCAGUGAUACAUUGUGAAAGCUUUGCCAUCUCUCUCUCCUUUGACUCACAUGGUUUGUGGCAUUGGAGCCUGUUUCUGUUGGAGAUCUUCCUUCCAUUUUGCAUUGUGCUGUACUGUACCUGUCAUUUUGUUCGAAAACUCCAAAAAAGAGAACUCAACAAGCAAGGUCGCAUUCAGAAGGCUAUUCGGCUAACUAUUGUGGUAAUUAUAGUCUUCCUCCUGUGCUUCCUGCCAAGUAGUCUUACCAGUAUUGUGAUUUGGAUCAAGAGAGCCUCAUACCAUAAGGAGUGUCAGAGCUUCAAAGUGUGGGAUAACACCUUCUACAUCACCAUGAGCCUGACAUACAUGAGCUGUGUGAUGGACCCUGUCAUCUAUUGCUUUUCCAGCACCACAUUUCAAGAGCUAUAUUUCUUCAAGUUAUGGAAAACUUUUAAAAAGAAAACAGUUACAGGUGUCACGGAUUUAAGAACACGACAAUCAGAGGACACAACCAUUGCUAGCGAAAGACCUGCUAACCAUUUGCUUGUCCAGUAGGGCACAAUAGACAGUUUAGUACUAUUAAACCAUCCUUUUUGAGGAUAUCUUUCAUGUCAUCAACUAAUGGCUAAGAUACAUUUAAAGAAGAACUCACAUAAUUAGGACAUCCUCCAUUCAGCAAAUUGACACGGUAACAAAGCACCUCACGCACAAAGGACAAACAUUUCACUCUUAACUGAUUACUGAAUAUAAGCCAAAUGACUUUGUGACAUCCAACUACUGUAAACAUGGAAGUUUAUGUCAAACAUGUAGUCAACUUUAAGAUCAAAGACAAAGUUGCCCCUCGUUACAAUGUCUCCAUUAUCAUCAAUUAAGACAUUUUCUGACCACGUUGCCACCCUUCAUCUCAACUCCGAGGCAAGAGUUAAGAGAAUCAGAGGAUUAAAAAAAAAAUCAAAUAUGCAGCAAGAACCUCUGAAAGUGGAGGCCCACUGCAUCAUUGUCAAACUGUGGAAAAGACCAUGGAUUUUAUGGUUAUUCACACCUAAAUGAGCUGUUACCGCUUUGUGUUUUAAUUGCCUCUGUAGAUCUGCUUAUUCUUUUGUAUGCAUGAAAUUUUUUUUUUUUCUUUCUUAUGAGUCUUAGUGCUUACUUUGAACGGUACUACACUUACUACAACAGCUAAAAGUCUUCUGUGGUUUGGUUAUAUUCUAUUUUCAGCAAAAAAAAUUUUAAAAAGUUGA